AUGCCUUUUGCACCAAUAAAAGAUGGCGAAUUUACGAGUACAAUUUAUGGAUUGAUCAAAGAAGGCCGAUAUGAAAAUGCAAUUCGAUCAUUGCAGUAUGAACUGCAACGCACGCCAAAUAGUCGAGCGGCAUUAUCAUUACUUGGCUAUUGCUAUUUCUAUCUACAACAAUUUGUUGAAGCAGCGGAAUGUUACGAACAACUUGUGCAGUUAUAUUCAUCCUUUCCGGAAUAUCGACUUUAUUGGGCUCAAUCACUCUACAAUGCUUUCAUGUUUCCGGAAGCUACUGCUGUUCUCUCGCAAAUUGAUGAGUCACAACUUGCUCAACAAGUACUAAAAUUAGAAUCAGCGAUCAAAUAUCGUGAAGAAGAUAUAACAAAUGCACGAAUGCUCGUUGAAAAGUAUGCAAUGGAUGAUCCGGAUGGUGACAUCAACUUAGCAUGCCUUGAAUAUAAAGAAGGAAAUUAUGAAGAAGCUCUUGAACGUUUUACGACCGCUACACAUUCUCAUGGUUGUCAGCCAUGUUUGGCUUAUUCGAUAGCUUUAUGCCAUUAUCAAAUGCAUAAUUAUUCACAGGCAUUAAAAUUUAUUGCUGAUAUUAUCGAUCGAGGUGUGCAAGAUCAUCCAGAAUUAUCAAUUGGCAUGGCAACGGAAGGUAUGGAAGUAAGUUCAGUUGGCAAUACACGUCUUUUGCAUGAGACAUCUUUGGUUGAAGCAUGCAAUUUGAAAGCAGCAAUUGAGUACAAUCUUAAAAACUUAUCAGCAGCUUCUGAAGCAUUAACAGAUAUGCCACCAAGACUGGAGGAGGAACUUGAUCCAGUCACUUUGCAUAAUCAAGCCUUAAUUAACAUGGAUACCAAUCCAUCUGACGGUUUUGCAAAAUUACAAUAUCUCUUGAGUCAAAAUCCGUUCCCACGUGAGACAUUCAGUAAUUUGCUUCUUCUGUACUGCAAAUACGAGUACUAUGACUUGGCAGCUGAUGUUCUGGCUGAAAAUGCUCAUUUGACAUACAAAUAUCUUACACAGUAUUUGUAUGAUUAUCUGGAUGCAAUAAUUACCCAACAAACAGCGCCAAUGGAUGCAUACAAUAAAUUAGAAGCAAUCGGAAACGAACAAAUUAAUGAAUUACGCAAAUUAACCAAACGUAUAAAUGAAAUUCGUAAUGGAAAUGAUCAAUUGAUUGCUCAAAAAGCUAUCAAAGCAUAUGAUGAUACAAUGGCUAAGUAUUUGCCAGUGUUGAUGUCACAAGCGAAAAUUUAUUGGGAUAUGAAUGAUUACUCACAAGUGGAAAAAAUUUUUCGAAAAUCAGUGGAAUUUUGUAGUGAGAAUGAUAUAUGGAAAUUAAAUGUAGCGCACACUUUAUUCAUGCAGGCUAAUAAAUUCAAGGAAGCAGCUGGAUUUUACGAGCCAAAUGUAAAGAAAAAUUUUGACAAUAUGCUCAGCGUAACAGCAAUAAUUCUGGCAAAUCUCUGUGUUUGCUAUAUUAUGACUAACCAAAAUGAAGAGGCUGAAGAAUUGAUGAAGAAAGUUGAAAAUGAAGAAGAAACAAAAGCGGUAACUUCAAAUGAAACAAGAUUCUUUCAUUUAUGCAUCAUAAAUCUUGUUAUUGGUACACUUUAUUGUUCUAAAGGUAAUUAUGAAUUUGGUAUUUCAUGUGUAAUCAAAGCUAUGGAACCAUAUGAUAAGAAACUUGGCACAGAUACAUGGUUCUAUAGUAAACGUUGCAUAAUUUCAAUGAUCGAAAAUUUAGCAAAACAUAUAAUUAGUAUAAAAGAUUCUGUGCUACAAGAAUGUCUUCAAUUUUUAGAACAAUGUGAAAUUCACGGAAAAGAUAUUCCAACAACAGUAGCUGAUCCAUUAACAAUGGAUAAAUUAGGAGCUGGAAAUGCAAAAAAUACGAUAACUUAUGAGGCUCGACUAUUACGAGCAUUAUUAUUAGAGCUAAUGAAUAACUGA